UCCUGUAGCGACCUGUAAAUUCUCUCUGACAUGAACAUAGCCGUUAACGAUCGACACUGGAUGGUGUGAUUUUCUAGUUUACUGGUUGCUUCGAUUGUGUUAUUUUUUGGCAAUGAAUUAAUUUCGCGCUAUAAUGUCGAAAGCAAAAAUAUCCGCGGAAUGGAGAAAACGUGUCAAAUCCGAAUAUAUGCGUUUGCGACAAAUGAAACGUUACAAGCGCGCGGACGAAGUGAAAAUAGCUUGGAAUCAAAAUCGAAAGGUUAUGUCUGAGCUGUUGGUGCACGAGCAAAAACGAUGGGCAGAUGGAAAGGCAAUGUGGCUGGCGAUGCAGGAUAUCCCAGCUCACGUGUCGUGUAUGAAGAAGGCAGAAGUGACCAGUUCCGACGGGGACAUUCAAAGCUGUCCCGUUAAAAUAAUCAAUGCCGUCACUCCUAUACCGACCAUGUAUACCUGGGCACCGAUACAACAAAAUUUCAUGGUCGAAGAUGAAACCGUUCUACAUAAUAUACCGUACAUGGGGGAUGAAAUUUUAGAUCAAGACGGUACAUUCAUAGAGGAAUUAAUAAAGAAUUACGACGGGAAGGUUCACGGAGACAGAGAAUCCGGUUUCAUGGAUGAUUCUAUUUUCGUGGAUUUGGUGAACGCUUUGAUACAGUACGAAAGGGAAGACAAAGACAAAGAGCAGACGAAGAAGGGUAAAGAAAAAGACGAGAGUAAGGAUAAAGAUAAAGAUAGGAAGGAUAGCGUUAAGGCGGAAACGAAAAACGACAAACUGUCGGAAGAUGGUAAAACAGUAAACGAUAAAAAUAAUCCGUUUCCGUCCAUGCAUAUAUUUAACGCAAUAUCCAGUAUGUUCCCUGGUAAGGGUAGGCCGGAAGAAUUAAAAGAAAAGUACAUAGAACUGACGGAAAGGUCGGACCCGAACGUCUUGCCGCCAGAAUGCACUCCGAAUAUCGACGGAGCGAACGCGAAGAGCGUACCCAGGGAACAGACGAUGCAUUCGUUUCACACUCUCUUCUGUCGAAGAUGUUUCAAAUACGACUGCUUUCUUCAUCCAGCCAGGGGAGCGUCACCGCCAGGACUUCAGGUCUGUCAUCCAGGACCAAAUUUACAGAAACGCAAAGGACCGGAUCUGAAACCGUUUUCUGAACCGUGCGGAACGGAAUGUUACAUGCAUUUGGAAGGAAUGAAAGAGAAGCUUGCGGCGCAAGCGGCCGACGUCAAAGACGAGGAUAACGAAGAGAAGCGAGGAGGGCCGAGAAAAGUGCGGAAACAAGCGAGCGUAGAUUCUGGAAACGAAGCGAGCAGCGAAGACAGUAACGACAGCAACAAGUACAUACAGGGAACCGGUUGUCAAGAUUUUAAGCAAAACGUGAACAAGGAGAGGAAAUCGGAAGAAUCGAUGGAAGAUCAGGUGCAGCCGGAUAACCAAACCCCGUUUACGUUGCUGGGUUUCGACGAACGAGUCAAAACUGAAAACGAAUUUUCGUGGACUGGUUCGGAGCAAAGUUUGUUUCGAGCUCUCCACAAGGCAUUCCCCGGCAAUCCGUGUGCUUUAGCGCAGAUAAUGUUAACCAAAACUUGCCAACAGGUGUAUCAGUUCGCGCAGAAGGAGGCUUCGGAUAUACCGACGAUCGAAAAUUUAAAAGACUUUACGCCGCCGCGAAAGAAAAAGAAGAAACAUCGACUUUGGUCAAUGCAUUGCAGAAAGAUACAACUGAAAAAAGAUUCUGGUGCCAACCACGUGCAUAACUUUGCACCGUGCGAUCAUCCGGGAAGACAGUGCGACAACUCGUGUCCCUGUAUACAAGCUCAGAAUUUUUGCGAAAAGUUUUGCCAGUGUAGUAGCGAAUGCCAGAAUCGUUUUCCAGGAUGCAGGUGCAAAGCUCAAUGCAACACGAAACAGUGUCCCUGUUACCUAGCUGUGCGGGAAUGCGAUCCAGACCUUUGCCAGACUUGCGGCGCGGAUCAGUUUCAUAUUACGAAAAUAUCUUGCAGGAACGUUAGCGUUCAACGUGGUCUUCACAAACAUCUUUUAAUGGCACCGUCCGACGUUGCUGGUUGGGGAAUAUUCCUUAAAGAGUCCGCCGCGAAAAACGAGUUCAUAUCGGAGUAUUGCGGCGAAAUUAUAAGCCAAGACGAGGCCGACCGAAGGGGCAAAGUUUACGACAAAUACAUGUGCAGUUUUCUUUUUAAUCUGAAUAACGAUUUCGUCGUGGACGCUACGCGGAAAGGAAACAAGAUAAGGUUCGCGAAUCAUUCCAUAAAUCCUAAUUGUUACGCGAAAGUGAUGAUGGUAAACGGUGAUCACAGGAUAGGCAUUUUCGCCAAAAGAGCUAUUCAACCCGGUGAAGAAUUAUUUUUCGACUACAGAUACGGACCCACAGAGCAGUUGAAAUUCGUCGGUAUCGAACGCGAAAUGGAAUUCUUGUAACGCGCGUACGGUACGAACUGUAUCGUACAGCACCUAACCUAACGCGCGUAUCGUAUAAUAUCGCACGAGAAAGCGAAUAAGAAUGCUAAAGGAAGAAAGAAGGAGCGAAAGACUGCAGAUCGGAUGCGAAUCACCGUUUCAGCGACUCGAAGAGCCACCGAAAUAUCUUUAUUCUCUAGCUAUGUCGAUUAAUAAAAGCUAGUUAAUAAAAUAUAUUUUAGAAAACGUUA